UGUUGCUCAACUCCAAUCAGACCUGACUGAGGGUUUCUGGUUAGUCGGAAGUUUGACGCGCUGUAGGAGGGUUAAAAAGAUCCCACUGCAGGGCCGGAGGAAACAUUCAGGACCUUCACAGAGAAGAAGAACAACAGGAAGAUGAAGAGGCUCAGCUUACUCCUCUGUUUGGCUGCUAUGGCCGCAGCGCAGCCUGCAGUGGUCGACCCCCGAGGAUCGCGUCCCGUGGAGCACGCCACCAGGGAUGAAAAAUGUGCCACCCAGAAGGAGUGGCCUUUUUGCACAGACGAUGACUGGAACUCUAAGUGCCCGUCCGGCUGCAGGAUCCAGGGUCUGAUAGAUAAACAGGAUCAUCUGCUGCUAAAGAAGAUCCAGAAGAUCCGUAACCUGCUGGAUCAGCACAAGGCUAAGCAUCGUUCCAUCGACCAAGUGUCCAAGCAGACCUACGACGUCCUGAGGGAGAAACUCACCCUUGAUUCUGGAAAUGACAACCUGUAUUAUGACCUGGCCCAAAAUCUGCGUCAGAGGAUCACCGAAAUGAAGGUUCGGAUCGACACACAGCAGAAGACCCUGGCCGCCCUGAGGGACAGGGUCAAAGACCAGGUUGCCGAGAUGCUGAAAAUAGAGGUUGAUAUUGACAUGAAGCUGCGCUCCUGCAAAGGCUCCUGUGCCGUUCACACAAACUACCAGGUGGAUAGAGAGAGUUAUGUGGGUCUGGAUAAACAGAUCAAUCAGCUGGAGUCCUAUGAAACCCAGAGCCUCCAGUCAGUGGGGACCAUGUAUGUGAUGAAGAGCCGGCCUCUGAAGGAUGUGAUUGUUGACUCCAGGUUCAAGUCUAAGGAUGUGGCAGCUCAACAGACGGAGGACAUGUUCCCUCAGGUAAACACUGUUCAGUUUGUCUUAGAGGAGGAAGGCUCCAGUUCAUCUCCCGCCACCAUCUCCAAGGGCCCAGGUACAUCACACUCAUCGUCGUCCUCCUCAUUCUCUUCCUCGGCGACCUCCACCUCCCCGUCCUCUGCUAAAUCCAUCACUGAAUUCUCAGGACGUGGAGACGGCAAUUUUUUCAGCGGGUUCGAAGGGUCACAAAGCCAGCCCAGCAUUAGCCAUUCGAGCACCAAAACGGUCAGCUGUACAAAGACCGUCAGGAGGACCAUCAUCCAAACACCUAAUGGGCCGGUUGAAAGAGUGGAGGAAGUGGGUGGUGGACCAGAAUGUGAGGGAGUCGGUGGUUUUACAAAGGGGGAGAUGGGCUCUUUGUUCCCAUCAUUCGGUGGCUCCUCCUCCUCCUCCUUCUCUGCAAUUCAUUCUGGUGGAACAAAGGGAAGCCUCCUGGCAGAUUCUAAAUCCGGCCUGGAUCCAUUUGGAGCUGACUUUGGCGCGUUCUUGACCGACAACUCCGACGACGACGUUCCUGACUUCCACGCUCGGAGUGUGAAGAGCAAGGUUGUCGAAAGGCAACAGGAUUUUGUAGGAACAGACUGCGUCGACGUCUACCAGAAGCACCUGAACGGGGAAACGAACGGCCUUUUUAAGAUCAAACCCGCCGGCUCCACGGCAACCGUGGAGGUUUACUGCCACCAGGAGGGGAUAAUGGGUGGGUGGUUGUUAGUCCAGCAGAGAGAGAGUGGCGCCAUCAGCUUCAACCGCACCUGGGCCGAGUACCGCAACGGGUUCGGCUCGGUGGACGCUCAGGGGAAAGGAGAGUUCUGGCUGGGCAACCAGAACCUCCACCUGCUGACAAAGCAGCGGGAGACCAUGAUGAAGGUGGAGCUGGAGGACUGGGAGGGGGGCGUGGCUACCGCGGAGUACACGGUCAGGGUCGGCGCCGAGGAGGACGGGUUCCCCCUGCAGGUAUCCGGGUACAUCGGAGACGCCGGGGACGCCCUGGGACCCCACAACGGUAUGAAAUUCAGCACCUUGGACAGAGACAAUGACGGGUGGGGGGAGAGCUGCGCGGAGGCGUACGGGGGCGGAUGGUGGUACAACAGCUGCCAGACGGCCAACCUUAACGGGGUUUAUUACAAAGGUUCAUACGAGCCACACACUCAGUCACCGUAUAAAACUGCCAACGGUGUGGUGUGGGGCACAUUUAAACCGGACACCUACAGCCUGAAGGCGGCUCGGGUUUUCAUCCGACCCGCCGCUUUCUGAUCCAAACAAUCCGGACGUUUGUUCAUCUAUUGAAUAAAGAGAGAAACGAGGACAUGAGUGAAGGUUCCCCUCCUGUUCGACCUGUUGGUCAAUCAUUCUGAGAUUUCAACACAACCUCAAACAAUGUGAUUUACUGUAUCGACCUGUUUGUUAGCUUUAACUGUCCAAUGUUCUGAAAGUGACCCCGACUCUGUAAGGAUCAAUGUUUUAAUAAACACGAGUUCACUUCUA